CCCCCGGUCCCCUCCGGCCCUCCCCCAGCUCCAGAAGAGCGCGCGGCCAGGGGAUCGGGCUGGUUACUUCCUCCACCGCGGCGCGGAGCACGGAGUGGACGCCACCGAGGCCCGCCGAUCCCAGCCACCCGCCCCCGGGGCCCCGAGCCCGGAUCGGCCCUACGCCCUCGCCCCGCCGGGCCUACGCGCGCCCGGAUCGCCGCGAUCUCGUCUCACCGCCGCCCUCCGGCCGGCCCGGCCCUGCCUGCUGCGGCGCGAUGAAUGACUUUGGGAUCAAGAACAUGGACCAAGUGGCCCCUGUUGCCAAUAGUUUCCGAGGGACACUCAAGCGCCAGCCAGCCUUUGACACCUUCGAUGGCUCUCUGUUCGCCAUGUUCCCCUCUCUCAGUGAAGAGCAGACACUCCAGGAGGUGCCCACUGGCUUGGACUCUGUCUCCCAUGACUCAGCCACCUGUGAGCUGCCUUUGCUCACACCCUGCAGCAAGGCGGUGAUGAGCCAAGCCUUAAAAGCCACCUUCAGUGGAUUCCACAAGGAGCGGCGGCGUCUCGGCAUCCCCAAAAACCCCUGGCUGUGGAGUGAGCAGCAGGUGUGCCAGUGGCUGCUCUGGGCCACCAAUGAGUUCAGCCUGGUGAAUGUGAACCUGCAGAGGUUUGGCAUGAAUGGCCAGAUGCUGUGUAACCUGGGCAAGGAACGCUUCCUGGAGCUGGCACCUGACUUUGUGGGUGACAUCCUCUGGGAGCAUCUGGAGCAGAUGAUCAAAGAGAACCAAGAAAAGACAGAAGACCAAUAUGAAGAAAACUCGCACCUCAACGCAGUCCCUCAUUGGAUCAACAGCAAUACAUUAGGCUUUGGCAUGGAGCAGGCUCCGUACGGAAUGCAGGCACAAAGCUACCCCAAAGACAGCCUCCUGGACAGCAUGUGUCCGCCAUCUGCCACACCGGCAGCUCUUGGCUCCGAGCAGGAGUUCCAGAUGUUGCCCAAGUCCCGGCUCAAUACCGUCAGUGUCAAUUACUGUUCCGUCAGCCAGGACUUCCCCGGUGGCAACUUGAACUUGCUCACCAACAGUUCCGGGAAGCCCAAGGAGCACGACUCUCCGGAGACCGGCGGGGACAGCUUCGAGAGCUCCGACUCGUUGCUGCGCUCCUGGAACAGCCAGUCAUCCCUGCUGGAUGUGCAGCGGGUGCCUUCCUUCGAGAGCUUCGAGGAGGACUGCAGCCAGUCGCUGUGCCUCAGUAAGCCCACCAUGUCCUUCAAGGACUACAUCCAGGAGAGGAGCGACCCAGUGGAGCAAGGCAAACCGGUUAUCCCUGCAGCAGUGCUGGCUGGCUUCACUGGAAGUGGACCAAUCCAGCUGUGGCAGUUUCUUCUGGAGCUGCUCUCUGACAAGUCCUGUCAAUCUUUCAUCAGCUGGACAGGGGAUGGAUGGGAGUUCAAGCUCGCUGACCCUGAUGAGGUGGCCCGCCGGUGGGGGAAGAGGAAAAACAAGCCAAAGAUGAACUACGAGAAGCUGAGCCGGGGUUUACGCUACUACUAUGACAAAAACAUUAUCCACAAGACUUCAGGCAAACGUUACGUGUACCGCUUCGUGUGUGACCUGCAGAACUUGCUGGGCUUCACCCCUGAGGAACUGCAUGCCAUCCUCGGCGUCCAGCCCGACACAGAAGACUGAGGUCUUCAGGACUGCCCUGAGCUGGCCCCGGGGCCUGGGGACCCACUGCUCCAAAGACCCGUGGGAGGGCAGGAUGGAACCCUCUGGGAGCGUCGCCAAGCAGCUGUGGCCUUCUUUCAUCCCAUGCCUCUUCCACAAGCCUAACUGCCCUGUGGUGGAAACUGGCGCGGCUCCUCCGUCCUGUGGAGACCUGGGAAGGAAAAGGCUCUGGGACGUCACCGUGCUGCCAAGCAGGCCAGGUGCAGAUCACUGUCGUUGCAGCUCUCUGAGAUGCUCCAGGGAGUCAGCAUGUAGUGGGUGCACAGACACCACCAGGAAACAUUGCUUUUCCUUUGGCCUUUUGCCGGCAGGAGUAGCAGACGCCGCAAAAGCCAGUUCCCCUUGAGAGAGAGGUGGAAGGCAGCGACUGCUCCAUUAAAGAAGUCAGUUUGUACAUAUUACUGUAUCUUAUAAUUGUCAGAAUCCUCCAACAGUUCUAUUUAACAGACGUUGUAUAUUGUAUUUAAAGUAUAUAAUUAUAACUUGUUUGAAUCAAGAAUGCAGACACCUGAUAGGUUAUGCAUUUCCUCACUAGUACAUAGGAAUGCCAUUUUACACAGAUUUAAUCUCUUAGGGGGCCAACCGAGAGAAACCAUAACACACUGUUUUUGUUUUAUUUACCAACAGGAAUGGGGUCUGAGGGAUGACCCUGGUUUUUACUUUUGUUUUGUUGUUGUUGUUGUUGUUGGGGUUCUGACUUGUUCAUUAUCUGGCCAGGACUUUGUAUAUUGGGAUAUUUUUUUUAUAUAAGAAACUUAAUGUUAUUAUUUGAGGGCGCAUCUGGCCUCUCCACUUUCUUCUGGACUGUAACGCUGUAAAGCAGUAUUUUUCUUGACAAAUGGCACAUGUUCUCCACUUCCCUGCAUGCCUUAAGUCAGUUUAUACACAAAUGUACUUUAUUUUUUUGGCGUAACUGUGUUUCCCAGGCAAACCCCCUUUCCUCCCC